UCUUUAUGAGAAUAGACCCUCCCUUCACAUUUUCUCUUUCUCUCUCAUUCAUCCUCAUCAUCAUCAUCACCCACAAGGUGCAUGUGUACCUAAAAAACAGGACCAGCCAUUAAACCCUUUCUUCUGUGAUUCUGUGUGAGAAAGAUGGAAGGAGUGAGUGUCUGCAACAAAGCUUCAAAAGGAAAGAAAGAUGACCUCUACCAUGUUAUUCAUAAGGUGCCUUAUGGAGAUACCCCUUAUGUCAAAGCCAAACAUGCUCAGUUGGUUGAUAAGGACCCAGAAGCAGCAAUAGUGUGGUUUUGGAAGGCAAUAAAUGCAGGAGAUAAAGUGGACAGUGCCCUAAAGGACAUGGCUGUUGUGAUGAAGCAAUUGGAUAGAUCUGAAGAAGCAAUUGAGGCCAUCAAAUCUUUCAGAGGCCUUUGUUCCAAACACUCACAAGAGUCCCUUGAUAAUGUUCUUCUUGACCUUUACAAGAAAUGUGGAAAAAUAGAGGAGCAAAUUGAAUUGUUAAAGAGAAAGCUGAGACUAAUCUACCAGGGAGAGGCCUUCAAUGGAAGAACCACAAGAACAGCUCGCUCUCAUGGCAAGAAGUUCCAAGUUUCCAUCAAGCAAGAAACUGCAAGAUUAUUGGGAAACUUGGGCUGGGCCUACAUGCAAAAGGAGAACUACAUGAUGGCUGAGGUGGUGUUCAAGAAAGCCCAAAUGGUGGAUGCUGAUGCGAACAAGGCUUGCAAUUUGGGCCUGUGCCUUAUGAGGCAAUCUCGAUAUUCGGAAGCAUAUUACAUCCUUGAAGAGGUUCUAGAAGGAAAAGUUGCAGGGUGUGAUGAGAUAAAAUCAAGGAAAAGGGCGGAGGAAUUGCUUGAAGAGUUGAAUGCAAAUCUGCCACAACCUGAGUUUUUGGGCUCAUUGGGCUCGUUGGGCUUUGAUGAUGAGUUUGUGAAAGGGAUUGAUGACAUGGUAAAUGAAUGGAACACAAAUAGACCAAGAAGGCUUCCAAUAUUUGAGGAAAUCUCUUCCUUUAGAGACCAAUUAGCAUGUUAAUAAGUUGUCAUUUUGUUGUGUUGUGUAUUAUUGUUGAUCUUAGGUUUAUAGGUUCUUGCAAAUACUCACCUCUUUCUCUUGUUGUCUAUUUUCCCUCUACCCUUUUUCUUCCUAAAAUGGUGAGGCAAAAUUGGAUAAGCUUUGCUUCUAUCUUGUAAUUUUAAUAAUAAAAUAAAUAAGAAAUAAUUGGUGUA